AUGAAAGUUGAUUUUGAAGUUCCCUCAAAUUGCACCCUUCUCUGCACAGGCACAUCGUCUACGCCUCCCAGUUUCCCAUCCCCUCCCUCAGGUUCGGAAGCCAAGCAAUUCUUCACCCUUCUCACCUUCCUCCCGACUGAUGUCGAUCGUUGGGAAGGCCACUUAAAUUCCACAGACGCACGACUUCAUUUCGGUAUUUGGGGUCUCGGGGGAGAUUAA